AUGGCUCCUCCUGCUACAGACUGAGACGGAGCUGGCACCGAGCGGCGAUACGGGGGGAGCUGCUGCACCACGGAGGAAAAAACAGGCGAUUACACCCCAAAUACCAGCGGGUUUUCGGUCGCAGUCGUUCUGGUGCGUCUGGGAUAAGGGCCGUCCGGGUGGUAGACCGGGCCGAGUGCGACAUUCAGCAGCGGGCGGGUCGAGGAAAGCUGUCCCAUUUUUCAACAACCAACUCCCCAGAUGAACUCCGUCAGAGCCACCAACAGGAGACCCAGGCGAGUGUCGAGGCCGCGCCCGGUGCAGCCCGAGCGGAACAACGGGGAUAGAGAUGAGGAGGCUCCUGCAGCUGCUGCAGCAGAAAUGGCCAUUGAGGAAUCUGGUCAAGGAGCUCAGAACAGUCCCUACCAACUUCGACGCAAGACCCUGCUCCCCAAGAGAACCGCCGCUGCCUCUGCCACCGCCUCCGCCUGCCCCAGCAAGAGCCCGAUGGACGGAGCGUCUACUUCAUCGACAGAGGCCUUUGGCCAUCGAGCCAAGCGGGCACGAGUGUCCGGUAAGAGCCACGACCUGCCAGCAGCCCCAGCAGAGCAAUAUCUGCAGCAGAAGCUUCCAGAUGAGGUCGUUUUGAAGAUCUUCUCCUACUUACUGGAACAAGAUCUCUGUCAGGCGGCUUGUGUCUGCAAGAGGUUCAGCCAGCUAGCCAAUGACCCAAUCCUAUGGAAGCGUCUGUAUAUGGAGGUGUUUGAGUACACACGUCCAAUGAUGCACCCUGAACCGGGCAGAUUCUACCAGGUCAGCCCUGAGGAGCAUGAACACCCAAACCCAUGGAAGGAAAGCUUCCAACAGCUGUACAAAGGUGCCCAUGUAAAACCAGGCUUUGCCGAGCAUUUCUACAGUAACCCUGGCAGAUACAAAGGCAGAGAGAACAUGCUGUACUAUGACACCAUUGAGGAUGCACUGGGUGGGGUCCAAGAGGCCCACUUUGAUGGCCUAAUCUUUGUUCACUCUGGCAUCUACACAGACGAGUGGAUUUACAUAGAGUCUCCCAUCACCAUGAUCGGUGCAGCUCCUGGUAAAGUAGCUGACAAGGUGGUGAUAGAAAAUACGCGAGACUCGACGUUUGUCUUCAUGGAGGGUUCGGAGGACGCCUAUGUUGGAUACAUGACCAUAAAGUUUAAUCCCGAUGAUAAGUCGGCGCAGCACCACAACGCCCACCACUGUCUGGAGAUCACAGUCAACUGCAGCCCGAACAUCGACCACUGCAUCAUCCGUUCCACCUGCACAGUGGGUUCAGCUGUAUGUGUGAGUGGCCAGGGGGCAUGUCCGACCAUCAAACACUGCAACAUCAGCGACUGUGAGAACGUAGGCCUAUACAUCACAGACCAUGCACAGGGGAUUUAUGAAGACAAUGAGAUCAGCAACAAUGCGCUAGCAGGAAUUUGGGUGAAAAACCACGGUAAUCCCAUCAUUAGACGUAACCACAUCCACCAUGGACGAGAUGUCGGAGUGUUCACCUUCGACCACGGCAUGGGUUACUUUGAGAACUGUAACAUCCAUAGGAACCGUAUAGCAGGCUUUGAGGUGAAGGCCUACGCUAACCCCACAGUGGUGCGCUGUGAGAUCCAUCAUGGCCAAACAGGAGGCAUCUAUGUCCACGAGAAGGGGCGGGGACAGUUUAUAGAGAACAAAAUCUAUGCUAAUAACUUUGCCGGUGUGUGGAUCACGUCCAACAGUGACCCGACGAUACGGGGAAAUGCUAUAUUCAACGGUAACCAAGGAGGGGUGUACAUAUUUGGCGAUGGACGGGGCUUGAUAGAGAGCAACGAUAUCUAUGGUAAUGCCUUGGCGGGAAUCCAGAUUCGAACCAACAGUUGCCCCAUUGUAAGGCACAACAAGAUCCACGAUGGACAGCACGGAGGCAUCUAUGUGCAUGAGAAAGGCCAGGGGGUGAUCGAGGAGAAUGAGGUUUACAGCAACACACUGGCCGGAGUGUGGGUGACCACAGGCAGCACUCCAGUCCUCCGCAAGAACCGCAUCCAUAGCGGGAAACAGGUUGGUGUAUAUUUCUAUGACAAUGGGCACGGUGUAUUGGAAGACAAUGACAUCUACAAUCACAUGUACUCUGGUGUACAAAUAAGGACGGGGAGCAACCCAAAGAUCCGGCGCAACAAGAUAUGGGGGGGCCAGAACGGGGGGAUCUUAGUCUACAACUCAGGUCUGGGCUUCAUCGAAGACAAUGAGAUCUUUGACAAUGCCAUGGCAGGAGUGUGGAUCAAGACGGACAGCAACCCCACACUGAGAAGAAACAAAAUACAUGACGGAAGAGAUGGAGGCAUCUGCAUUUUCAACGGAGGCAGAGGGCUGCUGGAAGAGAACGACAUCUUCAGGAACGCUCAGGCUGGCGUGCUGAUCAGCACCAACAGCCAUCCAAUCCUCCGCAAGAACCGCAUCUUUGACGGCUUUGCUGCUGGUAUUGAAAUCACCAACCACGCCACAGCCACGCUCGAGGGAAACCAGAUCUUCAACAACCGCUUCGGGGGCUUGUUUCUAGCAUCUGGAGUCAACGUCACCAUGAAAGGUAAAAAGCAUCUUUGUGUAGUUGAAGUUAAGCUCACGCUGGUCACAAGCUUUGCUGUUUUAUGGCAACCAUUUAUUCACAACCUUUUAUUUUCUGUUCCUCCUAUAUCAGAUAAUAAGAUUCUGAAUAACCAGGAUGCAAUUGAGAAGGCGGUAAGCAGAGGACAGUGUCUGUACAAGAUCUCCAGCUACACCAGUUACCCCAUGCACGACUUCUACAGAUGUCACACCUGUAACACGACAGAUAGGAACGCCAUCUGUGUUAACUGCAUCAAAAAAUGCCACCAAGGGCAUGAUGUAGAGUUUAUACGGCACGACCGGUUUUUUUGUGACUGCGGGGCAGGAACGUUGUCCAACCCAUGCACGCUGGCCGGCGAGCCCACACACGACACGGACACUCUGUAUGAUUCAGCGCCACCCAUCGAGUCCAACACUCUGCAACAUAACUGAAAGCAUCCGGUCGAGUUACACUCUCUCACAUAAGCAUACAAACACAUUACAUUGCACACAGCCAUGCACAAGCGCACACACAUACACACUUAAAACACACAUUCACGUGCAGCCAUAAGUACCCAGAGAGACUCUAUGAUUGUGGCGCUCUCAGACGGGAUCAAGGUGAAAGGCUGCAGAGGAAGCAGCUUCCUGCCCACUGCAGACCGACUCGCUGCAGCAGAGUCAAGACUCCACUAGAGGGAGCAGUGGAGCUGAGGGUAGACUGACAGAAUGGCCACAAGAGAUUCCUCACCCGAGUAUUUCUUAUUGCAGUCUGUAGGCAGGGAGGUGAAGGGCUAUACAGAGGGGCUGCCGAUGGCCGCCUGCGCUGUUUUGGCAGCACACGAAAUCCCCCCCCACCCCUGAUGUAAAUCCUCGAUUCCCAGCCCUCUUCUUCUUCUUCACAAGAACUGCUGUCAAAGACACUUCCUGCUUCCUCGCAGCUGCCAUCCCCAUUGGCUGCCCAUGCAGUUGUAACUAGGCAACGGAUGGGAGGAUGUCGCUCUGUUGUGUGUGGAUAAAGAGAAAGAUUGUGUGUGUGUGUGUGAUGGAGCACUUGGGCUUUUUUUUUUUUUUAAAAGAAGAAAAGGUUCUGAUCAAUGGAUUUUAUUUCAAUGCUUUCUCAUGUAGUUUUGUAUUUUCAAGCAAAGAGCUGACUGUAUUUGAAUGUCUUUUAUUUUAUUAUAUAUUAUUAUAAUUAUUAUUUUUCUUUGGUUAGCGUCCCCCCUCCCCGACACCCAGAGAAACUGCAGAAACUCUAACGUCCCAGUGGUGAAGUUCUUUCUGUGAAAGAGAAUCUCGUUUAACACUAAUGACCCUCUCCAGUAUAUUAGCUUCAAUGGCAGGUGGAGGGACUCCACACUUGUAUAAAGGUGUGUAUGCGCGUGUGUAAAUGUGUGUUGUGUACAGUGAAAGUGUGUGUGUGUGUGUGUAUAUGUACAUGUUUAUAAGUUGAUGCAGUCAGUGUUUUGUGGAGAGGGUUCCAAUAGGAGGUGCCAGAGCUCCUAUUAACUGGAACUGAUGAGUCAAUCUGCAGUACCCCUAUCCCCUACAUCAUCCCCCCCCUCCCCCGUGUAUCGUGGUGACUGUGGCUCCUCAUGCAGCCUGAAUCGUAUGCAUGUACCAUAACAUCUAGACUUAAUAUAUUGUGAAGUAUUCAAUAACCAUUAUGUAGAUGCUAGUUGGAAUUCAAAAAGGGGUAUACUUUCUUAGAAAGACAAAAAAGAAAACAGGAAACUGACCAUUUCUAAGAAAAUAAAACUUUAUUAGAUCA